AAAGGUAAAAAAGCAAGACGAGGUACCGUUUUAUUGGCCAGUCAACGUGGAGUAGAUUCUAGUCAAGUUGUUCAACACACAACCAUUUUUGAAAACACCAAGUUUUUUGUGAUUACAGGUGCUAAAGUGAACAAACAUCAGCCUGGUAUCUCUAAAGACGAACUUGAUCUUCUGAUUAAGGCAAAUGGUGGUGAAUACACUCAGAACAAGAAUGCAGACAUUUUGAUUGCAGGUGUCACGAAUUCACGAGUCCAGAGUAUCAUUCAGUAUGUCAAAAACAAAGACAUUUUACUUCCCAAUUAUAUUAUGGACAGCAUUGAAGCAGGUCGACUAUUACCUAUUCAACCCAAAUACAUGCUUUAUACUUCACCUGAAACAGCCAAUAUGUUUGCCAAAAAGAUGGAUCCUUAUGGCGAUUCUUAUACAAAGCCUGUUAAAGCUGGAGAUCUGGACGAGAUU